AUGGAAUUAUUGUUGAGUAAUUUUGGUGGAGUAACAAUAUUGCUAAGAUUUAGCAAAUAUAAUGAAGUUCGGACAGGAAAUAUACGUAGCUUAGUUUUAUCAUCAUUGCAUGAUAGCUCUGCUACUGCAAAGUUUUCUGCAUCUGCCGCACGACAGACCUUACUACCCAUUGACAAAGCACAACAUAAACGCACGCAGAAUUCAUUGCAUAUAGCGGUUAUUGGCGUUCCAAACGCAGGAAGUACAUUUAUUAACAACUUAAUUAAUCAUCGGGUAUGUCCGACUUCGUCUAAAGUGCAUACAACACGAAAAUCCAGCAAAGCAAUUUAUACAACGGGACAAACCCAACUUGUCUUCUAUGAUACACCAGGUUUAGUUACACCACGUGAAAAAAGGCAUAAUUUGGAACAAAGUUUCAAAAGCGCCUACAAACAUGCAAUUCAACAUGCAGAUAUUAUCGCUUGUAUGCAUGAUGUCAAUUCAUGGACGCGUAACGCUUUACAUUCCACUGUGAUCGAAACACUGAAUGAAUACAAAUUUACCAAGCUUUUGAUUUUGAAUAAGAUUGAUGCACUGAAAUCUAAACGUGUGCUGCUUGAACUGAUACGCAUCCUAACCAAUAACACUAUUAAUACCGCACAAUCAGUUGGGAAUAAAAAUCAAAAACGACAGUAUAAGCGAAUUGAAGAAUCCCCUGAUAAGCCAGUAGCAAAUUCAGAGGAUAAAGAUGUCAGCUGGAGUAACUUCAAGAGUUUUCUAGUUUCAUCCAUUACUGGUAGUGGUCUAAAUGAUAUACAAGAUUAUCUGAUAAGAGCCGCAAAGGAGCUCUGGGAAUAUUCCAAAGGUCUUUUACUGAUGAAAAACCGGAAGCGCUUAUUGUGAGAGUGUACGCGCAGACUAUUAGAUUACUUACCAAAGAAUACAUACAAUUUGCAUAGCGCAAUUGAAUACUUUUCGAAGAAUACAGGCACAGUUUAUGCAUCAGUAGAGGUAACUUGUCCGUCAGCUCGUAUUGAACGUUUAAUUUGUGGCGAGUCGAAUGGAAAAUUAAGACAAAUUACCGAACGUGUAACUUCUGAUUUAGUAGAAACUUUUGGAAAACCAAUCUCCUUAACCAUAUCCACACGAAGUAAGAAAACGAAUUAAAAUAAAAUUUGUUAAAAAUAAAAUAUUUAUUUUUUCGUUAA